CGCGGCGAGUUUGAUCGACUGUUCAUGGCGGAUGGCGAGGCGCUGGACGUCUACGCCGGCAAGAUCAGCGGCAUGGCGGCGAGGUUCGCGAGCCUCGGUGCGACGCUGAGCGACAAGGAGAUGGUCAAGAAGAUCCUCGACACCGUGCCCGAGGAUCUGUACCAGGCGGUGGCCGGCAUCGAGCAGUUCUGCGACGUCGAGACCGUCUGCUUCGACGAGGUGCUCGGCCGCCUGAAGGCGUUCCAGGAGCGGUCCGAGCGGCGCAAGGCGGCUGUACGCGGUGGCGAUCGCGGCGACGGGCAGCUCCUGCUCACGGCAGCGCAGUGGGAGGCUCAGCACCGUGCGCGCGGCGGCGGCCACAACGACGACAACGCGGGGAACGGCGCGGACCUACCCAGGCGUGGCAGGUGCCACUACUGCGGCAUCCGCGGGCAUUUCGAGCGCGACUGCAGGAAGAAGAAGAGGGAGGAGCAGGCGCAGGCGCUCCUCAUCGACGACCAGCCGGGCCUGUGCUAGGUCAUGGCUUAGGGGGAGUGUGUUGGCACUAAGCCAUGUCUGUGCCUGGCUUGUGUUUGU